CCACUUGCGCCGUGCAGAGCCCACGCUGCGGUAGCAGCAACAGAAACAGCAGCAUCAAUCAUAGUGCCUCGGAUGAUAUGUAGCAUUCCCCUGAGCUAGCCUGCUCCCGCUCCCGCUCCCGCUCCCACUCCUCCCAACACCACCAGCAGAGCAGCAGCAGAGCAGCAAGCAGCACAGCUGCUGCGUGCAGCUAGCUAUGCUCUGGUCCUCUCUCUUUUCAUCAGACACUCCAUGUGCACACGGAUUUUAUAAACAACGCGCUUAUCCCCUCCUCCACUGGUCAAGACGCCACGAGAGCGUCGUAGCUUCUCUCUGACCCAAGUACUGGUGCAUUACAUGCAGCAGGCUUCUGGCAAUUACGAUAGCCUUUUCCGGACACUGGAUCUGUAUCCAUCACAACCGCAAUCUAUCCAGUAGCUGUCUUGUUCUUCGCCUCCUCCCCCUCCUCAUCCGUCUUCGUCUUCUUCUUCCUCUUCUUUUGUUGUUAUGAUGUUUUCUUUUUCCCUUGCUUCUGACUCGCUCUCUUGAACCGUGGGUUUCCGAGGUUGCGUGGGACUAGCACUUUUGAAGAUAGCUCUCUGCAAUGCGAGCGUGAAGGAAGCAUAAAAUGUCGUGCUAUUAACAAGAUGACGAGGAUGUGGUAAAUAACGUACGUGGGGUUAAAUCUUCGUCAAGAUGGGGCGUGGGCAGCAGAUGAGCAUCUGGGACAUUGAGAGAACCGUUGUGAGCACACCGGGGACAGAGACUCGGAACAUAUAUAGCCACAGAAGACUCGUGGUUGUUGCAAUAUUAACCACCUUUGUUCCUUUUGUCAUUGCAAGCUCCUACCUCUACUAUACCACUCCUGAUGCUUCAACAGAAGCCAUGCUUUUCUUUCAAAGGCUCAAGGAAGGCAAAACCACAUCUUCAUUCGUCAAUGCUACAAGCCAAAGCAAUCCUCAAGUAGAACCUAAAAAUGGGGAUAGUGAGAUAUCCAAAGACACAAACCAAGCGGAAGUCGAUCGAGAUUCAGCUGAAGAUGUAAUUGUCGAAGAUGUUGAUCCUAAAGAUGUAGCAACAUUGGAGUCUAAGAAUCCUACGUUCCCAGGUGUAAAUGUCUCUGAGCCGCACUUGGAGGGGCCGGAGGAAAACAUCACUAGCAUACUAAUGGAAGGGCAUGGUCUCACCAAUACCACGAACUCGAACAACAGAGUGGGCUGUGAUCUUAUAAAAGGCAGUUGGGUGCCAGACCCGCGUCCACCGCAGUAUACAAAUUCCUCGUGCAGAUAUAUUCAAGGGCACCAGAAUUGCAUGAAAAAUGGACGGCCUGACACAGGAUUUCUACACUGGAAGUGGCAACCAGAGAAAUGCGACUUACCCAGAAUUGAUGCCCAAGCCUUUUUGAACGCUAUGCGUAACAAGUCCAUGACCUUUGCUGGGGAUUCUAUUGCUCGCAACCAGUUUCAGUCUCUUCUAUGCCUUUUGUCACAGGUUGAGGUGCCAGAUCAUACUUAUAACGCACCGGAUGAUCGGGACAAUGUCCAUGUCUUUCGAACAUAUAACUUUACAAUCGCAAUCUACUGGUCUCCAUACCUUGUGCAUGUGGAAGACAAAGACAUCACAUGGCCUGACAAUAAAACGCAGAGUGUGGCACAUAUCCACGUUGAUAAGCUCGACAGAGCUUGGACCGAUCGCAUCUCUGGCGUAGAUAUUCUGCAAGUCUCGACAGGGCAAUGGUGGUUCAAGCGUGGAUUGUUUCUACAAGGCGGCCAAGUUUUAGGUGGCCACAUAUGCGACGGAUGGAAAGAGUGCGAGAAGGAGAUUGGCUUUGCUGAUCCUUAUCGAACAGCGAUCCAUCACCUGCUGAAGGAUAGUCUAUCCAUACCUGGGUACACUGGGACUACCAUUCUCCGCACUUUUGCUCCUGAUCACUUUGAGGGUGGAGCAUGGGACAGCGGCGGCAGGUGUAAGCGCACCACCCCUGGAGGUGUGCCUAUCGGCCCCUUGACUAACUGGAUGUACGAGAUCCAACAGGAAGAGUUCAAGAACAUCACAGGUGAAGCAAGCGAAUCUGAGAAACAACGAAUCAGGUUAUUAGAUAUCACCAAUCUGGCUCAAAUUCGAGCUGACGGCCACCCUGACGUGUACAUGAAAUUCCAACCUUUCGCAAAUGAGAAGAAGCAACUCCCUCAGAAGGAUUGUCUUCACUGGUGUCUUCCAGGACCUAUCGACACAUGGAAUGACCUUCUUGUGGAGUCCUUGCGUGAUGCAGUCUUCGGUUCAUGAUCCCUCCACCACCACUAUUGCUGCUUGUGUGCUUUGCUUGUGGGCCCUCGUGGUUCUGUCUCUCUCUCUCUCUUGCUGUGCAGUGUCAUUUAUCAGUGUGCUACCACCAGAAGAACAACUGACGGAGACUAAGCACCAUUGCUGAUGAAACAACAACAUUUCAGCAUACUGAGCAACAUCCUGACAUUCCAAACACUUGCAAGCUGGACAGUAGAGAGGAAGAAAUCUUUCUAUAUAUACAUAUAUAUUUAUCUAAACGAAAACAAGCAUCUAGAGGAGGAUGCCAUCGCUAGAGACCAUUGAAUCCUUCGCUAUUCGGUGACGCUGGUGAUACAUUUAGUAUAGGGAGUUGUAAUUCGGUGCCUCAACUUGGAUGGCAGAGCAAUGGCAAGUGUGAGUUGACUGACAGCUUUGCCUGCCAAAACAAAACAAUGUUGAGAGGAAUCGUGUAUUAUAAUGUAACAAUUAGAAGAAGAAAGAAAUCUCACUUUCUACAAUCCAUAAAUCAGCAGAUUCCCUAGUC